CUGAAAACGCGGAGCCGCGACGGCUGUCAGACCGAUGAACCGGCCCCGGCGACGUGGAGGGAAAGUUUGGCCGGGGAGGAGAAGAGAUCCGGGCGGGGACCGGAACCGGACGGCAGACCGACCGAAAGAGAGCUGCUCUCAAACCGGGGCCGAGAAUCGGAGUCCGUGGCCGGCUGCGGGGCCCAGAGGAAGGCCGGGGAGGAGCCCUCCGAGAGCGGGGACAGUAGCGGCGACGAGAGCCGAUCCUCCGCUACCGCCGCCGGGUCGGAGCCCCACGGAGGAGGCUGCGGAAGCCCGGUCAAAAAGAGCAAAGCCGUGGCGAAGAAAAAGACCCGCACCAUUUUCUCCAAGAGACAGAUCUUCCAGCUGGAGUCCACCUUCGACAUGAAGCGGUACCUGAGCAGCGCGGAGCGGGCCUGCCUGGCCGGCUCCCUGCAGCUGACGGAGACCCAGGUCAAGAUCUGGUUCCAGAACCGGAGGAAUAAGCUCAAGAGGCAGAUCUCCACCGAGCUGGACGGGCCCGCGGCGGACUUCCCGGAGGCCGUGAAGCCCGUGGCGGCGGUGGUGGGCCCGCUCCCGGGCCUGUACAAGGAGGGGAACCUGCUGGGGAGGUGCCUGCUCCCCAUGCCGCUGCCCGUGGUUUACCCGGGCAGCAGCACGCCUUACCUCUGCUUCCCCAACGCCGCCAAGUACUUCAGCCUGUACGACGGGGACGGAUGA